UUCAAAAACUCGAGAGAGGACUGGGCUUGGGCCCCGGAAUUCAUAGCCCAGUUGCCGAGCCCUCAACGCCAGCAGCCAGAUUCGCUUUCCGGCGACUCCAGUCCAGGUAACCUUUGCUCCCACUUUGAGGGUUUUAGGAAUCAUCCCCUCCCCUCUCUGCAAAGCUUGCUUCCUUCGCUUUGCAAAAAUGCCGCCGCCGUCGCCGUCUCUGCCUCUCCGGUGGCUUCUCCGCCAUUGUCUGACCUCUAGAUCUUCUCCUACUCGUCUUCCUCCGCCGGCUUCGGCUCACCAGUCCAUCUCUUCCACUUUCGCUCCCUCCCAUCUCCCUAAAUCUUCCUUUGUUCCGGCUUCUUUCUCAACGAGGUACUUUUCAUCUCAAUCCCCGAGCCCUGCUUCCAUUUCGGAGCUAGACUCAGUAGCUCAGUCUCUAUCCGCCGAACUGCUCACAGAUCCAACCGUCGACUCCCUGCCAGUCCCGCAGAGGCUCAGCCUAAGCUUCUCCCAUCUCGCCGGCUCAAUAACUCCUUCUCUGAUUCUGCAAACGCUCAGUCUUUCCCCCAAUGCUGGCCGCGCUGUGCUAGGAUUCCACCAAUGGCUGGUCAGUAAUCUCGAUUUUAAACAUACGGAUGAAACAGUAUCGUUUUUUAUUGAUUAUUUUGGUAGACGGAAGGAUUUUAAGGCCACCCAUGAACUGCUGGUGGAGGGGAAAGGUGUUAUUGGGUCUAGAACGUUCGAAUCAAUGGUUGAUAGGCUUGUCAGGGCAGGGAGGCCUAAGCAGGUCGUUGAGUUUUUUGGGAAGAUGGAGGCAGACUAUGGGUUUAAGCGCGAUAGAGACUCGCUUACUUUGGUGGUCAGAAAGCUGUGUGAUCAUGGCCAUGCGAACUACGCUGAGAAGAUGGUGAAAAAUGUAGCUAAUGAGAUAUUCCCUGAUGAGACCAUCUGUGAUCUGCUGAUUAAAGGUUGGUGUGUUGAUGGGAAACUGGAUGAGGCCAAAAGAUUAGCAGGCGAGAUUUACAGGGGUGGAUUUGAGCUCAGUGUCGUGUCGUACAAUGCUCUUCUGGAUUGUGUGUGUAAGCUCUGCAGGGAAAAGGACCCUUUUAGGAUGCAGGCUGAAGCUGAGAAAGUUUUGGUGGAGAUGGACGUUCGAGGGAUUCCUAGAGACGUGGAGACAUUCAAUGUGCUGUUCACUAACAUGUGCAAGUUGAGGAGAACACAAGAGGCCAUGGAUUUGUUCCAGAGGAUGGGGGAGUGGGGAUGUUAUCCUAAUGCCACCACUUUCCUAGUGUUGAUUAAGAGCUUGUAUCAGGCAGCAAGAGUUGGAGAGGGAGAUGAAAUGAUUGAUAGGAUGAAAAGUGCUGGUUAUGGGGAUAAGCUCGAUAUAAAAACAUAUUAUGGGUUCUUGAAGAUAUUGUGUGGGAUUGAGAGGAUUGAGCAUGCCAUGGGUGUGUUUGAGAUGAUGAAGGCAGACGGGUGCAACCCUGGAUUGAAGACUUAUGAGUUGUUGAUGGAGAAUUGGUGUGCUCGUAACCGUCUGGAUAAAGCAAAUUCUCUCUACAGUGAAGCAGUGAGUAAUGGAGUACCAGUCACGCCCAAAGAAUACAAGAUUGACCCUAGAUACUUGCCCAAGCCAAAGGCUGUGAAGAAGGGGAAGAAGAGGGAAACACUGCCUGAAAAAACAGCCAGGAAAAAGAGGCGUCUCAAGCAGAUUAGACUAAGUUUUGUCAAGAAGCCGAAGAAGCAGGCAAUGCGUAGGCCAUAUUAGACGUGUUAACGUUGGUUGCUUUUCCCAUCGGCCGAAGAUGAACUAGGAGGUGAAGGCAAUUUUUUUUCUCUACUUGUUCUUGUUAAACUUGCUGAUCAUGUUCGUGUGGACUCUGCUUUUGUAUUUUGUUGCUGGAAUUCGUUCUGGCAAACACUGGGAAAUAAGUUUUACUUGUAAUCCUGAGUUACUGUUUGUUAGUUGAAUCUCUCCUCAAACAUAUGCCCUUCGAGUACAGGUCAUAGUGCGAUGAGCCUGAAUUGGGUUGUGUUUGUGGUGUCACGUAUCAACAACAUUUUCUAUACUCUCUUGCAGAAUUGCUUGCUACAGUUUGUUUUUCCCUGUGUGCAAAGGGUUUUAUUUUGAAGAAAUGGGUUUAUUGAGAAUCUCUUCAAAGACAUUGGUGUUGAAGAGAUGCUUGGAACAUCUGUGUGUUUGUCGAGAGGUUUUUCCGUCUGUAUGUAUGGUAACUAAAUCGAAUUCCUGCAA